GCCAGCAACACAUUUGGAUGAAAGGUUUGCGGCGUUAUCCACAUACCACUUCAAAAGUUCGGAGAUGCAUAUUAUUUUCCUGUGGCUCAGUUCAUCAUCAAAGACACUUUAUAGACACUCAUUUAUUUAAACAUUGGAAUAGCAGGCUCCAGUGUCAUGCGGCUGUGUCUCCUUUCCCUCCUUUUUAUCAUCAAAGUGUGUCGACUCAAUAUUGUAAGGCGAGACGUGUGCCCACCCCUGCCUCAGUUGGAGCUCACCAAGCCCUUGAAAAAGUUGGAUAGUUAUCAAGAAAACUACUCUGUACACUACCAGUGUGUGGAUGGCUAUGUGAGGAUGGCGGGGACAUCCAGUCGCAUCAAGUGCAAACGAAUUAAUCAGCUUCUUCAGUGGGAAGGCCCAACACUGAUAUGCAUUCCCAACCCAUCUAUUCCAACUACGAUAGUACCUUCAAUAACCCACAAGAGGACUCCAUCUCCCAUAGUGCACCUCUCAGUGCCCACAGAGAGAAUUAGCCCAAGACCAACCACUCCCAGUUCACUUUUAUCUCCAAUACUGCAGAAUCAAGAGGUCAUUACUACUGUUACAGUGACAACCACCAUCAUCGAUGACCUUACAUUAGUGCCAGUGGAUAAGUCCAGUGCGGUGACCUCUGUCUUCACGAAGACUGUUUCUCCAUCAGAGAGUUACUGUGUCUCCAACAGAACCCCAGCCUCCAGUGAGGAUCCAGUUGGCGAUGGAAGCACUGCUACAGCCAUAUAUGCGGGUGUAGGUGGGGUGGUAGUAACCAUCUUGCUGGUUGCAGCGUUUGGAGUACUAAUGUUUUGGAGAAGGAAACGGAUGCAGCGGCUUGAUCUGUCACCAACACCAGACGAAAUAGUGAAAAUUAAUGUUGUGACAUGAGCCACACUCCUUAGUGCCCUGACUGACAACCAGCAGCCACUUAGAAAAGACAAAAGUGCAUCAGUCUGAUGGUGGGGGGACAAUGACCUUGGAUUGGACAAGAGGUGGACCAAAAAUGUAUGGCCCCGACCUCGUUGUCCUCGUGUGGAAAAUUAAAAUACCUAAAGCAUCACCCAAAUGGAUUAAUUUAAGACAUAUUGAUUAAUUUCAUUUAUUAAUUAAUAUCCUCAAACUAUUUUGAGGAUAGAUUCUAAAUUAAUAUGGAAGCAUAUUAGUUAUAUUAAAAAACAAUUAACUACAGUGCAUUCGGAAAGUAUGCAGACCACUUGACUUUUUCCACAUUUUGUUACAGCCUUAUUCAAAAAAUCUAAACAUAAUGACAAAGCAAAAAC